UACUGCGGAAUACAAAACGGUCAGUUGUUUCAGUUUGUAACUAUAAAAAGUAGCAUGAAUAAUCCUGCAAGAAUUGCAAACAAAUUCCCGAUUCUAGUUUCUUUUCAAGGUGUUCCCAGAAGUGGGUUGGUGCCGUAUUUGAGUCCGAAAAGGAAAUUGUGUCGAGCAAUGAUGGGGUCUAGUUCAGUGAGAUGCAAUAAUGCAGAGAUUGAGGAGAAGUUAGGGGUGGUUCGAGCUGCUACUGAAUUGUACGCUGAGGAGGCAGUUGAAGCACUCAAUGCUGGCAGAGUUAUUGCGGUGCCUACGGAUACUCUUUACGGAUUUGCUUGCGAUGCUUGCUCCUCGGAAGCAGUUGAUCGGAUUUAUGAGAUCAAAGGACGUAAGCAUACAAGUCCUCUUGCAAUCUGUGUUGGAGAUGUAUCAGACAUAAAGCAUUUUGCAGUCACUGAUCACCUGCCUCAUGGCUUACUUAAUUCUCUACUCCCGGGGGCUGUUACUGUUGUGUUAAACAGAGGGGAUGCCAGUGCACUUGAGAAGUCUUUGAAUCCAGGGUUGAACAGUAUUGGAGUUCGAGUUCCAGAUUGUAAUUUCAUCAGGCUCAUUGCUCGUGGUUUGGGAAGAGCAGUGGCACUCACAAGUGCGAACCUUAGUGGAAGGCCAAGUAGCGUUUGUGUCAAGGACUUUGAGAGUCUGUGGGAACAUUGUGCUUAUGUCUAUGAUGGUGGAGUGCUUCCAUCGGGCCGUGCAGGAUCAACUGUUGUGGAGCUCAGCAGGCCAGGAAAGUACAAGAUUCUUAGACCUGGAAGUGCAGAGAAAGAGACGGUACAGAUCUUGAAAAAGCAUUCGCUAGUUGAGGAAGGGACGACUAUUUGAAGACGUACCGGAAUCAAAGUGUUACGAUUUUUACUGAUUUUUGCUGCACUUGUGAAACUCUAAGAUUGGAUUUACGUGUGCAUGCGGUAAACUGUAUUUACUAAAUUAGAAUUGCAUAGCUUGGGUUCUCUCGAGGUUACAUUUAGAAUGUACAUUUAGGAAUGAAGUUAUCUAACUGUAAUUUAUUUAGAUUGAGACUAAAUUUAAUGUAUCAUGAACCAUUUUUAAUCUUUGUUUGAGUUAAAAAGAAGGGGAAGCCAUUGUUUUA